AUGACAACAGCAAUUAUCACAUCAAACGAUCUACUGAUAAGGGGUUCCUACAGCUUGAGGCGCAUUCCGACCUUCCGACCUUCGGUCCGCAUAAAGCGGCUGUCGCUGCCAAUUUGCUCUAAGCAUUUUUUGGAGCCCCGCUUAUUCCACAAUGCCCGUGCGGAGUUGCCCGACAUGGCAGUCUCGGCAAAUGCGGGCGUCAACGGUAUCUUGGAAUCGAACUCGGACGGAGAGCUCUCUGGCAAAGAGAGCAUCGAAGAGGAGGCACGGCUAGCCCGGAAGCGCCUCCGCGCUCUGACCCCCUACCUGGUCUCCUCACCCACUCAUGGAAUCAUCGGUACCUCUAAGUACGCCGACCGGCUCAGGAAGGACAUCGUGGCGGCUGCACGUGACACCAGCAGAAAGGCUGUGCUCAUCUUCGGCGAGCCGGGGCUACAAAAAUCCAAUUUGGCGACUCUGAUUCACUUCGGGGGGCCCAGCCGCACCACCCCCAUGGCCUACCUGGACUGUGCCCGGCUGGACGCCUUGGGGGCGGAGCUGUUCGGGCGGGGGGAGAAAGCGGGGUUGGUGGAGCUGGUGGAGGAGGGAACACUGCUGCUGAAGAACGUACACAAGAUGCCUCCCGCCCUGGUUCCCAAGCUGGUUCGGCUGUGUGGGGAGCGGAUCUACCGCCGAGCCUCACUGAUGGGCCCCCCUGGAGAGGCCGCCAACCCCGCCGCGUCCAGUAUGGACCCCCCGAGGGACAACCUGCCGCCGCUGCGACGAGCCAACUGCCGGAUCAUCAUGACGUCCAACCGUCAGCUACCCCAGGUCGAUGACAAGGUGGCGACCGUCAUCAAAGUACCGCCGCUGCGACUGCGGCCCCGGGAUGUCAAGGACCUGCAGCGCUUCUACCUGACACAAACCAUGAGGACCAGGGAGGGCGCCUCGGCCACCUCGUCGCCACGUCUGACGGUGACGCCCGCUGCCGUGCGGCAGCUGGAGAGCUACGGCUGGCCCGGAAACAUAACGGAGCUUCAGACGGUUGUGGAGCGGGCGGUGCUUCAGGGCCUGGAUGGGGGUGUCCCGCCGGGGGGCAGACUCAAUGAGGAGGUGUUCUGGUUCGCGAAGCAGGCCAAGGACCGUUUCCGCCUCAACCUGCUGGCCGUAUACCCCCCCCUCCGCCGCCUUCUGAGGUCCACCUGGUGGCCCAAUGAUAUUAAUUUCAAGUUCACGGCCAUUGUGUACCCCAUCAUUGUGGCGCUGCUGCUGUGGGGGCCCCAGGACCGACUCCACAACCCUGCUCUGGCUGUGUUUUGGGACUAUUGGUGGCCGCUGGUGUUCAUGUCGUUCCCGUUGCUGGGCCGGGUGUGGUGCGCGGUGUGCCCCUUCAUGAUCUUCGGGGAGCUGGCGCAGAGGUGGAGGACCGAGAGCAGCCCGGGGAGAGGGGGAGCGGCCAAACUGCUCAAGUGGCCGCGGGACGCGGCCGAGCGCUACGGGCCCCCCUUUCUGUUCUCCCUCUUCGCCGCCAUCCUGGUGUGGGAGGAGGUGUGGGACCUGCCGCACACCGCCGCGCUGUCCGGCUGGCUGCUGCUGCUAAUCACGGCGGGCGCGGUGGUGUGCUCGCUGGUGUUCGAGAGGCGGCUGUGGUGCCGCUACCUGUGCCCCAUAGGCGGCAUGAACGGGCUGAUGGCCAAGUUGUCGGUGACGGAGGUUCGAGCUCGGCAGGGCGUGUGCUCGGGCGAGUGCAACACGUACCACUGCUACAAGGGCGGCUGCUCCACUCUCCCUGACGGCUUGGAGAGCCCUGGCUGCCCCCUGUACAGCCACCCGGCACAGCUAACCGACAACCGCAACUGCGUCAACUGCAUGGAGUGCCUCAAGGCCUGCCCCCAUGGCUCUGUGGAGUUCCGGUUGCGGCUGCCCGGCAGCGACCUGUGGAGCGGUCACUCGGCCUCAACGAGCGAGGUGGCCCUCAUGUUCAUGUUGCUUGGAUCGGUCUUUUUGCACCACCUCGACGGACUGGCAGCGCAGCUGGGAAUAGAUCCUGCGGCAGCAGGUCUGACGGCCGUAACACCGCAGCACAUCGGCGCAUCCAUUGUCGUACUGGCGGCACCAGGUCUGACGGCCUGGGGCGCCGACACCGCCGCCAGGCGCAACCCCGGCGGUGGCGCCGCCGCCGUCACGUUCCUCUCCAACUUAGCGGCGCAGGUUACAAACCACGGACGUACGGCUAAUGCCGCCAGCAAGAGCAACAGCGGCGGGCCGGUGGCACCGACGCUGCCACAACCUGCACAGUUCCUUGCCCUGUCGUACGGCUACCUGCCGCUGCUGUGGUCCGCCACUUUGAGCCACUACCUCCAUCCCCUGCUGGCGGAGGGUGGGAGACUCCUCCCGAUCAGCGCCGCCAUGUUCGGAUGGGAGGAUGCCCCGCUUCCUGUGGCGGUGGCGGACCCGGCGGUCAUAUCCUUCCUGCAGGGCACUCUGCUGCUCUUUGGUGCAGCUACCAGCGCCAUCCUGAGUCGCAAGCUGGCAGCUGCACCCUGGGCCUCCUUCGCCCCUCAGCUGGCCCUCAUCACCGCCUUCACUGCCGAGCUGUGGGUGCUCAUCCUGUAG